UCGCCCAAUCGGCUUGCUAUUUCCCACGUCUCCACCCAUGCUUCACAAAAGCUCUCUUUCCUCCGUAUACAACAGUGUCCUCGUCUCCUCUUUUCUCCCUGUCUCUUUCUCUCUUAGUUGGAGGCUAAUAGUAUGAAAAGCUCCAUCUUUUAGACCUCCUCUUCUCCAAAGAGGCCCAUUUGAGGAGGAGAGAGAGGAAAAAAUCCUUCCAAUCUAAAUCCAAUGAAUGUCACCCACAACUUCGCUUCAUCAAACCUCCUCUGCACAGAGGAUAACACCAGCAUUAUGGUAUUUGAUGAUGGGGAACUGGAGGGAUUCGAUGAAGGGGCCAAGGGCUAUGAUCCUGGCUGGAUUCCGGAAAAAAGGAGUGAUUUUUAUGGGGAUUUCUUGAAGGGUUUUCCCGUGCAGUCAGAGGAAUUCAUUGCUUCGCUGGUUGAGAAGGAAUUGGAACAUAUUCCGGGAGAGGAUUAUGCCAAGAGGUUGCUGAGUCGGGACUUGGACAUUUCAGUCAGGGGAGACGCUAUUGAUUGGAUUGGAAAGGUUCAUGCGCAUCACAGUUUUGGACCUUUGAGCGCCUAUUUAUCUGUAAAUUAUGUGGAUCGAUUCCUUUCAGCCUGUGAACUCCCAGAAGGUAAGGCUUGGAUGGCACAGUUGCUCUCUGUGGCCUGCUUAUCUCUUGCUGCUAAGAUGGACGAAAAUGAAGUUCCUCUAUCACUAGAUUUGCAGGUGAAAAAAGUUGGUGAGGCACAAUAUUCAUUUGAAGCCAGGACCAUCCAGAGAAUGGAGCUUUUAGUACUAAGCACCCUCAAGUGGAGGAUGCAAGCCGUGACACCUUUCUCAUUCAUAGAUUACUUUCUUCAAAAGUUUAAUGAUGGCAAGUCCCCAACAAAGUCAUUAGUUUUGCACUCUGUAGAACUUAUCCUGAACACUGUUAGAGGAACCGGAUUUCUAGGAUUCAGGCCCUCCGAGAUUGCCGCUGCUGUUGCAUUGUUGGCAUUGAAAGAAAUCCAGAUUGUGGAAAUCGAAAACAAUUUAACUCGUUGCAUCCAUGUAGAUAAGGAGAGAGUAUUAAGAUGUUAUGAAGAGAUCAAAGCGAUGACAUUGGUGGGAAAGGAGAGCAGUAAAAGUGCUAGUCCAUCAGUUUCCCCUAUACCACAUAGCCCAAUUGGGGUGUUGAACGUUGCAUUCCUGAGCUCUAAAAGUGAUGAUAUAACAGUUGGGUCACAUGCAAAAUCUCAAAUCCGCUCCAGCUGCCAAGGAUAGGAAACUAAGCAGACCAUCAAUCCCAUGAAAGAAGAGAGCUUUGUUAGUUGUGUUCACUUGAUUGUGAGGCUUGGUAUCUUUCAACUCUGAUUUGGUUAGUGGGAGAUUUGUUGUGGUCUAGUAAGCACUAAACAAAUGUGGAUGACUGAAACUUGACAUGGAUGAGAAAAAGGUGAAUAAAUAUGAGUGAGGGACUCACCAGCUCAUGCUUUUAAUAUGAAUGAAGGAAUCACCUGCUGUAAAAUUAUGAAGGACAACAGAGAACUGAGGAAAAAUAUGAAAGAGAGAAAGAGAGGGAGAGAUUACAGUUAGUAUUCUAGGGAGGGGCUGCCAGAGCUAGAUUGAGAAAACCUAGUGUUCUUUGGAUUUGUUCUUAUUGUGAAAAAUUAUAUAAAUACCUUCCUAUUUGGGAUCUAUAAAGUAUCCCACAUGAAGAAGUCAAGAGGAGUGGAAAAAGCAGUGGGUUUGCAUUAUAAUAGCCAUUUAUUACUGA